AUGGACUACUUGACAAAGAAAUGGAAGAUGUGGUACAAGUCCCUUGACGUCAAUCAUGACGGAAAAAUCUCACUGGAAGAUGUCGAGGAGUCCCGAAAUAAGUUAACAGAGCUACACCAUCUUCUGGGCGACAAGGCAGAGACAGUCCGAACGAACGUGGAAAGCUGGUGGACAACGUACAUUCUCAAAGGUGAACACCAGUUAACUGAAGAGCAGUUCCUUUCUAAUUUAACGACCGCUUAUAAACAAGACAAGGCAGACUUCAAGGCGAACAUACAGAGUUGUUUCGAAACGAUUCUUGACGUCAUUGAUACAAAUAAAGAUCGCUUCAUCGAACUCAAGGAAUUCAUUUAUGCUUUCAAGGCGUUCGGUCAUGAGAACGAAGAACUUGUAACAAAGACCUUUAAACUUUUUGAUAAGGAUUUGGUGCCUCUGCAUGAGAUGAUAGCAGCCUGGGUCCAGUUUGUUACUGAUGACGACAGCUCAAAACGAAACAUCAUCUACAAAGUCUUCCAAGCCGGAGUUUAA